UCGCUCUCGAUAUUAGUCGAUUUGCUGCUGAUUCCUGUGUACGUGAUGGGAGAGGCGACCUACCUGGGCUGAUAUUAAAUACAUCAGAGAGUCCGGAAGCAGAAAACUUUACAGCUCAACUGGUUCGCUUUGCCUGGAGAAGAGCUGAGACAGUUACAUUUUACCGACUGAAAAUGUUGCGUUUCUUCGAGCUGCUCCGAAAGAGGAAAGAGCUCAUUCCUAUCGUGGCUCUAAUGACCGCCGCCGCAUCAGCGGGCACCGGCACCUCCAUCUACUUCCUCGCCACCAAGACUGAUGUCAUAGUCAAUAAAACAGGGAACCCGACUCCCUGGGAGAAUGUGGACCCCAAGAAACCCCAGAAGUUAAUGACUAUCGACCAGAAAUGGGAGCCAGUGGAGGAGCUUCAGAUGCUGAAACGUUACACCAAAUGAGCGUGUGGAUUAUUGGUGAUGUUAGCACUGAGCGGUUCACUGAUUUACAUCUGCCCAAAUUCUGACUGGAGCAGCGCAGAGACGUUUCUGCUACAAUUUUAGGAUUUCGUCACAAAUCAUCAAUAUUCCAGUAUGCUUACACCCCCUCCCCACUUGUCUCUCUCCCUCCCCCCACUCCUACCUCUAUCUUCAGGGUGAAUCUCCACUGGGCGGUGGAGGAGCAACAUCUGUGUCUUCAGACAUUGAAAUCAUUCCUACCCAUAAAAUAUAUAAACUAUUACAUUGUUGUAAAAUAAACAACAUAUAAUUUAAGUGUGAUCAGAGUGUGUAAUUAAAUGCAAAAUUAGAUCUUAAGAGCACUGUUUUGUAUCUCACAUCUGAGAUGAUUUUUAUUCUUCAUCACUAACUCAUUCCCCUCCGCAAACUGCACAAAUAAACCAUUGGCUGUUUA